AUGUCGCUCUGUCAGGUUUGCCAGGACAUCGACUUCGCGGCUUUCACUGCGCAUGCCCAGCGAGCGAGCGUAGGACGCCCUCACCACAUUCAUAUCCCGAGUGAAGGGUUCCCGACGGGGCAUGAUCUUUUCUAUGUUGACGUCAAGCAUUGCAAGAGGAUGGAGUGCAACAAGGAUCCUUCCAUUUUCAUUCCUCACCACAAGACCGUCGACGCGCUGAAAUCAAGCGCAAGAAACUGUCCGCUCUGCGAACUCAUCGCAGUCUCCUUUGAGGCCACCUUACACGAGAUGCGACUGGCAAAUGAAACGGGGUUUGGCUAUACGCUGCCGGACUCGGAGUGCGAGUUCUAUAUUUGCCGCAGGAUGCUAGCAGAUGGGUUGCAGAUUGUUGGUCGAGUGCCACCGGACUCACCGGAGCUGAAGGGUGAAUCCAAGAUACAGUACCCCGGCACACGCUAUGACCUUAUCGCUGGCAUUGGAUUCUGCGUAAGCGAUGAUGACAUACUCGCCGAUUUCAUCACAGGCAGAACUGUGCCGCCGUCGCCAGUGUCGUCUCACGUAGUCGAGCGAAUGAAAACAUGGCUAGCAAGCCUUUCUCCCCAGUCUCGGCCCUUGGGCAAAGCUGAUACAAAGCUCCCCUCGAGGUUGCUGGCAAUUAGCAGCGAUGGCCACGAGGUUGCCCUCCAAGACCCAAGAGAGGGGACCAUGGGCAAGUAUGUAGCGUUGAGCCAUUGCUGGGGAUCAUCACAACCCCUGACUCUCACGCGGAUGACCGCACAACACCUGAGAGCAGGAGUAAAGCGCGAUACCCUUUCCCAGACAAUUCAGGACGCCAUUUGGCUGGUUCACGAGCUUGGUUACCGGUUUCUCUGGGUUGACACCCUUUGUAUCUUUCAAGACGACGCACAGGAUUGGGCCAAAGAAUCAGCGAGGAUGACUGAAGUUUAUGGAGGCGCGACACUCACCAUUGCGGCCGACCGGGCGGCCAGUUGUGACGAAGGGUUUCUCUCUGACCGCCCACUAAGGAAGCUUGUGCCUGUUCCUAUCAAGAUCGGCGGUCCCGUCGAUGCGUUUUCCUGGAAACCGAGCCUCUGA